AUGACAAGUUAUUGCCAUAAUAAUAUGGGACUCUCUUGCGUGUUAAAAAAACUUUAUCGAUUACCGAUGAAUGUCAGUGAAAAUAAUUUAGGUUUACCGCUAGAUAUAUCACAUAUUGAAUCAGACUUGAUUGUCUGCUCCUGUCCUGUGGUAUCAACACACCGGUUAUUAUUUAGAAAUAAAUUAGACGAUUUAAUAACGUAUCUAAAUAUCAGUUAUGGAUUGGGUAAUUGGAAAUUAUACAAUUUGAAAAUAGAAGUUACUGAUGCAGAUUACACAGAUAAAGACUUAUUAAAAACUUUACAAUUUCCUUCUGGUAUUUUAGUAACCAAAAAUGCAUUUUGUAAAAGAUUCUUAACCAUGAAAUAUUCUCCCAAAUAUAAAAUAAUUGGACCAUUAGAACCACAACAGGUAUUUAAUGAUUCAAGUCAAUUGAAAACCAUAUUGUUGCGAAAGGGUUGGUUAGACCAUUAUCCACCCCCAUUCAAACUGUUACAAGAUGUUAUUGAUGAUAUGCAUCAAUUUUUGGAGUCCAGUGAUAAUCAUAAAUGUAUUGUCCAUUGUAAAAUGGGGAAAGGUAGAUCUGGUACUAUCUGCGUUGCAUAUUUAAUGAAAUAUAGAAAAAUGAAUUUAGCUAAUGCAAUGGAAAGAUUCACUGAAAAUAGGUUUAAAAAUCAGAUUCUCACAUCCGGUGUCACUAUUAAAUCCCAGAUAAGAUAUUUGAAUUAUCAUCAAAACUAUUUAUCAUUUAAUAAUAAUAACCAAAAGCUACUAAUGAAUGUGUUAAAGAAUGAUUAUACCUUUAUUAUAUCAUCCAUUUUAGUGAAAAAUCCAAGUAGGAUGUUUACUUCAAAAAUUUUUACAUGCUGGCUCAAUUUCAAGAAAUAUAAUCCAAGAAGAGAUGGGGUAAUUACAUUGGAAAAAUUAGAUUUGACUAAACAUGUCUGUAAUUUCAUAGCAACCCCACAUAUUGAAAACAAUUCUAAUAAUUGUGAUCUUGACGAUAAAGUUAUAUCUAACUAUGAAGGCAAACUAAAAUUCCCAUUGUAUUUAAAUGCAAAUGAUAUUAUGUUAGAAUUUGAGAUUACAAUCAAUCAAAAACCAAUGUUAUUAGAUUCCUCAUCGUUUUAUACUGAUAAAGAUAAUAGAAAUAUUGCAUCUAGUAGUUUUAACGCUUUUAGUAAAACAACAAAACGGUUCAGAACAAUGUAUAUAUGGGUUAAUGUAUUAUUUGAAUUUUUGAAUUCUACAGGAUCUACUGAUGAAACAUUUAGAAUUCCCAGUAAAUUUGAUGAAGAUUUAAAAAUUGCAUUCAAUUGGGAUGAAAUUGACACAAUUGCAGGCUCUAAAAGAAUUGGAUUACAUCUCUUUGAAUCAAUAGAAUUUAAUUUUGAAAUGGGUAACAAUUAG